AGUUGACAGACCAAUCGCCCGGGUGGCGCAGGGAAGGCGGGAGAAUGCGAACCCUUCGGUAGGGCGAUAGGGGCGGGGCCCCAGCCUUAUUAGGAGGGAGCGCUGCGCAGGCGCAGACGCGGCCGCUGCCGAAGGGGCGGGGGCAAGUCCACUGAGACUCCGUCAGGCACCGAGGCUGAUAGCGAGGAGAGAGGGCGGCGAGGGACUUGUCACGGGGAUCUGGGCGAGCGGGCAGCCCUGGUAGUGUCCGGGGGACUCCCGGGGGGACCAGCCGGUGUCACCGCCCGGGAGCCCGGCGCCGUCGGCCGCGGGGAACCCCGCUGCUCUCUCCCGGCGAGGGAGGGGGCCGGAGGGAGCCCCGGUCUCGCCCCGCCCCUGGGCUUGUUACCGCGGGGGCGGGGAGUGAGGGUUUCUUCUGGGGGGGGAGUGGAGAUCGGGGGACUCGGCGGUGCCCUCUCGAGCGGCGGCCGUGUCCCCGCGGCGCCGGGCCGCCGAGCGGAGGAGCGGCGGUCGUGGCUGUUGCAUGUGUGGCUGCUGCUGGAUGCGGAGGCGGCGGCGGCGGCGGCGGCGAGGAGCAGCGGCAGCGGCGGCGGCGGCGGCAGGAUGUUAGGGCAGCAGCAGCAGCAGCAGCUGUACUCGUCGGCCGCGCUCCUGACCGGAGAGCGGAGCCGGCUGCUCACCUGCUACGUGCAGGACUACCUGGAGUGUGUGGAGUCGCUGCCCCACGACAUGCAGAGGAACGUGUCGGUGCUGCGGGAGCUGGACAACAAAUACCAAGAAACUUUAAAGGAAAUUGAUGAUGUCUAUGAAAAAUAUAAGAAAGAAGACGAUUCAAACCAGAAAAAACGCCUACAGCAACAUCUGCAGAGAGCGUUAAUCAAUAGCCAAGAAUUGGGAGAUGAAAAAAUUCAGAUUGUCACGCAGAUGCUCGAACUGGUGGAAAAUCGGGCAAGACAAAUGGAGCUGCACUCACAGUGUUUCCAAGAUCCUGCUGAAGGUGACCGAGCCUCAGACAAAGCAAAGAUGGAUUCUAGUCAGCCCGAAAGAUCUUCUAGAAGACCUCGAAGACAGCGAACCAGUGAGAGCCGUGAUUUAUGUCACAUGACAAAUGGAAUUGAAGACUGUGAUGAUCAGCCACCAAGGGAAAAGAAAUCCAAAUCGGCUAAGAAAAAGAAACGCUCCAAGGCCAAGCAGGAAAGGGAAGCCUCGCCUGUUGAGUUUGCAAUAGAUCCCAAUGAACCAACCUACUGCUUAUGUAACCAAGUGUCUUACGGGGAAAUGAUAGGCUGUGACAAUGAGCAGUGUCCCAUUGAAUGGUUCCACUUUUCCUGUGUUUCACUCACCUACAAACCGAAGGGGAAGUGGUACUGUCCGAAGUGCAGGGGAGACAGUGAGAAAACAAUGGACAAAAGCACUGAGAAGACCAGGAAGGAGAGGAGAGCGAGGUAGUGAAGGCCGCCCACGUUUUACAGCGUUCUUUGUCUUUUAUAUAACUGGCUUCUCUCGGAAGAUGUUUUAGGGUAAAUGCAUAAGACUAUGCAAUAAUUUUUAAUCAUUAGUAUUAAUGGUGUAUUAAAAGUUCUUGUACUUUG